CUGUGUUUACUUUUAUAAUCAAUGGUAUACUUUAAACAUGGCGUACAAUAUUUUCAAUAGGUUUUAUCAAGCAUUUAAAACAUUUAAUCAAGUAAUCGACACUAUAUUGGGACGCAGUUUUCCACCAGGUCAUUUAUACGCCAUCGAAUGCAAUACUAUAAAUCAAGUGCAGCCUGUUCAAUUUCCUGGACAAUCUAUAAAGGAUAUCCUAAAUGAAACAAUUUUAUGGGCCGUACCUAAAAAACGACGAUCUUUAGAAAAGCGUCUUAAUAGAAGAUAUGGUGUUCCUGAAUAUCAUUGGAAACCUCAUGUACCAAAAACAAAUAUCUUAAUGUGUAGGAAAUGUGGUCAUGAUUAUGAAGCUGGUACACUUUGUGGGUAUUGUUACGAAAUAGUAAAAAAAGAAACAAAAGAAAUGCAAAUAGCUAUACAAAAAUCAUUGGGAUUACAGCCUGUUGAACAAGAUGUUAUAGUGUUGUAUGAAGGAGAAAAAGAAAAGCUAGAAAAUGACGACUUUUGGAAGAAACAAAGAAUCAUAGAAUUACCUAAAAAGAGACCCGAUUGGUUUCAUGCAAAUUUACUUCAACCAACAGCAAAAGAGUUACCUGAUUCUGAACAAAACUUAGAACCUGAAUCUUCAAAAGAUGAUAAGAAUAAGUAAAUAAUUAUUUUAUAUUGAUAUGCAAUUCUUGUUUAUAUUAAAUAAAUUAAACGGAAUAAACUAUGGA